AUGCGUCUCAAUGAGGACCUUCCUGAUUUUCCGAAUCCGUUUGACAACGCGGGAGAUUAUUCCCUGGGUUUCGAAGUGAAGACCCUCAAAGAGCAGCUGCUAUGCCACGUCAUGGGAAACAUCCGAGAAAAGACGGAUUGGAUGAGGAAGGUCAUGGACGAUGUGAUUGUAGCGAAGUGGAAGGAGGAGCUGACGAAUCCCGUCCGACCGGCGAAAGCGUAUUUCGUGAGGGAAGAAAGAGACGUGUCGCUUGAAGAUCCUGCCAGCGUGGUUUCAUUCCUGAGGGACAACGGCAAGAGGAUUGUCAAGGUGGACCCUGAUCUAGUCGACUACGCCAUUGAAGAGCUUCGCUGGCAAGCCUCUACUCACCACCCCUCCUCUCCGGCUAUUGCAGUCUCGCCAAUCACGCCAGUUACGCCAGUCACGCCAGCUGUCAUGCCAAGCGCAGUAGACGGCGUCUACCUCGUUGCGUCGGCCUCCUUCCAACCUGAAAUUCUCCAGCCGUUUCUGCAAGGCAUGCAUCGCCUGGAGUCCGUUCCUGAGGAUCAAAUUGACUACCAUCCAGGAUCGAACAAGCAGGUCAUUGACUUGGUCCAUCCAUCACUCCACUGCCUCGUGUACGGCCGAACCAGAGUCAUUACCGACCCUGACUACACCACCCUGGAUGUCCUGCCAUGGGACCAGAUGGUCAGUGAGUUAGGCUUGGUUGCUGACGCUGCUGAGCUUGCAGGUUUGGCAACGGAUCCGGAGGAGGGAAGUCAGGCUGGGGUGAGGAGGAGGGUGGAAGACGAGUUUUUUUCAGAUACAUUUCAGUGGCUGCCAGCAGAGAUUGAUGUUUCUGCGGACGGGCACAGUGCAAAGUUUCGGUCGUACAUCAACAAUCUGCAUCCGCUUGAGUUUGCAGAGACGUAUCGAAGCCUGGAGAAGAUAUUUGCCUUGGCGUUCGUGCCGCUGUUCAAUAAGGUGCUGACAGAUUCAGCCAACCCACGACCACUGCGGAUCACUGCCGACCCGUACAGCUGGUAUGAAGGCUGGAGGGGCGAUCGGGAGUAUGACUUAAGUGAUGAUGACGACAACGAGGCAUAUAUAGAAGACAGGGAACCCAUUCAGCCGGAGGUACCGGACUUCUCACCUCCCCCAGAACCACCCAUGGAACGGGUGGUGAAGCUGCAGGGAAGACGGUUACAGGUGAUAGUGAAGAUUGCUUCCAUCUGCCUCACCCCGGACCAGCCCAUGUACCCUGGAGGCACGUGGCAUGUGGAAGGCAUGAGAAAUGAGAGCAUCGUGGCCACUGGCAUCUAUUACUACGACAUUGAGAACAUCUCGGAGUCGCGUCUGCGGUUCCGACAUACGGUCAAAGAGCCAGACUACGAGCAAGACGACCGAAAGGGAGUCCAAAUGGUCUACGGGCUUGUGGAAGAAGGCUCACUCGUGCAGCCACUAGACAAGAGUUGUGACGACAGCACGUGUGCCUCCUCAGCAGCUUGCAUGGAGGCGCCACGAGCUGGAGAGGAAAGGGAACCCAUGUCGGAGCCUGCCUUGUCUUGCACUUGA